AUGGAUCAAAUUUUUGCAAAAGAUCCAGAUGUGAAUCCAAUUUCAACAUGCAGUAACUUGGAAGGCCCAUCAACAUCUGAUCAUGUUGACAAAGACACACAAGAAAAUAUAAGUACCUCUAAUCAGAAUUUACAGAAUAUUCCUCAUGGAGUGAAGAGGAAGAAACGUUCUGGUGAAGAACCUGAGUGGUUCAAGAAGUUCAGGGAGGAUUGCCAAAAGCGCCAUAAAGAGAAAAUGAAAAGACAAGACAGCCUAUUACAGAUUUUAGAGAAAUUGUCAGAAAAGUAA